UCCUACUAUACUAUACACACAGUGCACAUCUCCUGUGGUAGUGGUGGUGCUGGGCCUGAAUGGCUGGUAGGGGUGGAGGAACCAGUUAGAUUCCAACCGAUUCUGUUGGGAAUAUAUCACACUGGUUUACCUUAUCACUCUGCAAAUAGAGCUGUGGCUGGCUUGACCGUUGGUGUGACUGGUGCUGUGGCUCUAUUGACCAUUAGUGAGACUGAAGCUGAUUUGACCAGUACUGGUCCUGCUGGUAUAUUGAUGCUGACUUGCUGAUGCGGGUAUAUCUACAUAGAGAGAUGUGUGUACACAGUAAUCAGCCUGAUUUCCCCUGGUGAUCACCAAAUAGUGUUUGGAUGUAAGUUGACCAUUCCUUGACCAAGUGACCCCUGGUCAGUAGGACAUACUGGACCUUCACUGACAGGUUCACUUUUCACUUUUGCACAAAACAUGUCUGCCACAACAGCACCCACAAAAGAGGAUUUGGAGGAGGAGCCGAGCUCUGUGGCGGAGUGGAGGACAAAAUGUCAGGCCCUGGAGACGUCCCUCCACAAGUUUCGGGAACAGGUUUCCAAAAUACGGGACAACCUGGGCAGAAAAAUGAAAGAUUUAGAGGAAAAGAAAACAGAUGCAGACAAUCGAGCUGAAACUGCAGAACAAAAACUUCGCUUGAUGGAGCAGCAGCUUGCAGCAAUCCACUGGCAGCCCCGCGACCUUGAGACCAGAGUGCACGACCUUCAACGGGAAUGUCAUGAGAAAAAUCAAAUCAUCAAGUCCUUACAAGAACAAUUAGAGGAGCAGAAACGGCAACGACAACAGGAUGCCAAACAAGUUGAGAACAAGGCUGGCAAAAUUAAAGAUUGGGUUACUAAUAAACUAUCACAGCUAGAACAGCAGAACCAAGCACUCCAGACAGAGAAUGAAAUGCUUCAGGACCAGGUGGAGAUCCUUAGGGAGCGGCUACAGGCCCUCCCUGCCUUUGCAGCUAAAGAAAUCUACAGAUUGAGUCAUCAGGAUUCCUUCUCUAGACCGUCCUCAUCAGUUGUUGAGGCAUCCCGACCUCCAUCACAGGAUAUGGGGUCAAGGACAGCCUCAGAGAUGACUAAUCUUUCAGGACUGCUUGGGUCAAGGCCAGUCUCUGAAGCAAGUUCAAGGCCAGCGUCUCACAACUUUGGCUCUCGUCCAAUGUCCGAAGUUGUGGGCGUCAUCCGUCCAUUUUCAGGAACGGGGUGGUCAGAAACUGUCUCAGAGGUUGUGAACUUACAACCUUUUUCUCGGACAUACAGUCCGAGACCCACCUUAGACUUUCCAAGUUCACAGCCUGGGUCAGGGUUCAGUUCCCGAUCUACAUCUCCUGUUGUAUUACCUCCAGAAAUUCCCAGACGACCUUCACCUUCUAUACUAGAAGCUUUCAAAAUGGAACAAGAAAUAAUGGAAGAUAGGACUGAUGCAAGUAUCAGUCCACCUUCUGACACUCCCGAGAGUAGUCCGGACGGUUUAACUGAAAAUAUCUCCGAUAAUAAUAGUGAUGAUAGUAUGGCAGACAUAGAACAUGAUCCGCUUUACCAGGAAGUGGAUCAGAACCACGAAAGUACAUACGAACCUAAAAAGUCUCUACCUCCACAGAUCAAAAUAGAACGAAAGCAAUUCCACGAUCCACAUAUCUUUGACUCCUUAGUGAGUUCCAGUACAGGAAGUGAAGAAGUGUUGUCUCGUCUCAGGAAUUUACAAAACGGUGAUAUGAAUGGUGAUGAUGACACACUGCAUCUGGAGGAUGAGGAGAAGGAGGAGGAAGUGGAGGAGGAUAAGAUCAUCGUUGAGGAUGUAACUCCUAUAACCUUGACCCCUAGCACUAUGAUGACCCCUUUGACCCCAUUAACCCCACUCCUCCCCCAAACCUCGCCCAUGUCUUCCAUGACUGGGGUGUUUGGCCAUCAUCACAGCUCCAAUGUGUCAGCCAUAGCAACAUUCCCACGGGUAAGGAAGGAGCGAGAUAAACCACCACCCCUCCAACUUCUAGCCCCCAGAGAGGGACCACAGUACUUUCUGGCUCAGGAAACACAAAGAGGGAGGGGACAAUUUGUUCCUCCUCCCCAAGUAUUAGAACCUCAGGUGAUUGGUGCUGCCAAGGAGACGACCUCAAGUAAAAAUAGAUCAUCUCCCAUGGCAACACGACGGGCUGCCAACCACACAUACUGGGAAAAACGAAGCUAUGCAGUCCCUAAGAAGUCCCGGCAGCAGCCGCCAGACCACCAUGUGACAGCUUCCAGGAGUCUGGGUCACGAGAUGUCGGCUCUAGACCAGCUGUACCAGGACCUCAGUGUGCCUGUGUUUGCCACUCUCAAAGGGAAAGCAGCCCAGAUUCGAAGCACACCAUUUACAGAGGAGUCAACCUCUGAAUCCUCCGACAAUGAAGAGGGACCACUCCUCUCCGGGACCAUUGACCAAUCAGAUCUCAGUACCUCAGCAGCUAGUCCUAUCACAGAUAGGAACAUAUCUAAACAGCAACAAAGCAGUUCAGGGGCCACAAAGAGGGGUGUGUCCUGCCAUUCCGCAGCCUCAGAGAUAUCAUGUGACUAUGCAGACCCUCCAGAUGAAACCUCAAGUAAAAGUGACUCCGAAAACUCGGAGCCUGAACAGAAACUCCUCAAGUAUGCCACAGACAAUCAAAAACAUGAUACGCUAGAGAAGUUUGGUUACCUUUCCAAACUGGGAGGUAAGGUUAAGAUGUGGAAGAGACGCUGGUUUGUCUUGAGGAAUGGAGAACUCAUCUACUACAAGUCACAGCACGAUGUGCUACGUAAACCGCAAGGAACCCUAAAACUUGAUGAACAGACCCGUAUCUCCCACGUCAAGGGAGAACUUACUUUCGAAAUAACCAACUCCAAGAGGACCUACUAUUUCACCGCAGAUUCCCAGGCUGAAACAGAGAAGUGGAUCAAAAUUUUACGAAAGUUCCUGAAGCGCCAGGCUACCAGUUAUCUCCUUGACCACAUGGAAACCAAAGCUGUGGUCAGGGGCUGGCUGACCAAGGUAAAACAUGGCGCCACACGGAAGUGUUGGUGUGUCCUCCUGGGACACUACUUCCUCUACUACAGAACGGCCAAGGACAAGACACCGAUUGGCCAGAUCAACCUACAGAGCGCUAAGAUAGAGGAUAUAGAUAACUCGGGUGACUCCGAUGAAGAAUGCGAGGUCACCAUGACACCCAAACACGUGGUGGCAGUGUGGCCACCAAACCAGGGACCAACCUACCUUGUAGUGCCUAGUAAGCACGAAAAGGACUCGUGGCUGUACCACCUGACCGUGGCGGCAGGAGGGGGGAUGGGUAAUGUGGGCACAGAGUAUGAACAGCUCAUCGCAAAGGUCAUGGAGGUCGAAGGUGACACCAACUCUGUCUAUUGGAAACAUCCCAUGAUGCUUCACUGUAAAGAACCAAUCACAAGACCUCUCACUACUCUACCUUCAGAAGAUCUCCAACACAAGGCAGCUGAAAUGUUUAAGUGGAUCGUGCAGUUUAUAUACAGCCAGAUAGAUACAUCCCAGCUGGACUUGCACGUUAGUCUGGCCCAGAGUAUACUGGAUCUCUGUGUUCGUCACCCACAACUACAGAACGAACUCUACUGCCAGCUUAUCAAACAGACCACGCCCCAUCCUGUACAGCACAAAACUACCAUGCAGAAUUUACUCCUGUGUGGCAAGCAUUCCUGGUACCUGUGCCACGCAACACCUACCUCACCCACCAACUCAGUGGUGGACCUGUCAGACUCCAAACUCAACCCUGCCCAUCACGUGUUCCUGCAGGCCUGGCAGCUCCUAGCUAUGUGUGUCUCACUCUUCCUCCCCAAACAGAGCAUCAUGUGGCAUCUCAAGGUCCAUCUUCAACGCAACACAGACACAAGGUCAGAAAUCGGGAAAUAUGCAAUAUUCUGUCAGCGAGCAUUGGAGCGGACUGUUGUGAAAGGUAUCCGGGAGGUGCGUCCCUCCCGUAUGGAAGUGAUGUCUAUCUUGCUCCGACACCCCUUCCAUCACUCUCAGCCAAUCAGUAUUCCUGUACACUUCCUCCACAACACGUACCAGGUGGUCAGUUUUGAUGGGUCAACUACUGUCCAGGAGUUUCUGCUGACCCUCAGUAAGGUCAUCAGUGUACGGGAUGUGAGCCAAUCAGGUUUCAGCCUGUGUACAGACGACCCUUGCAGCUCUGACAUAGAGCACUGUCUCCAAUCCUCAAUCAAGAUCUGUGAUGUUAUAUCAAAAUGGGAACAAAGCCAUAAAGAAUUUCUCUCAGGGAAACAAGACAACGGGCGCACCAUUCGACUUCUCUACAAAAACAGGUUGUAUUUUAAGUCGUCCAGUUCUGCAGAGACAGAAAAAGAGAAGUUGCUUCUAGCAUAUCAGGUGAACGAUGAGAUCAUCAAUGGCCGAUUUCCUCUCAACAAAGACCUUGCCCUUGAGCUGGCUUCUCUUAUGGCACAGAUCGAGUUUGGAGACGUGAAGCUGUCGAAUGAGUCUAGUCAGGUGGGCGGGGCUGCCCCUCCCUACCAACCCAAUCUUGCCCAACAGCUGACCACUGUCCUUGACCGAUUCUAUCCCAGAAAGUAUAGCCAUGCAACUGAGGAUGAACAAAGGUCAACAGUGUCCAAGCUGUUGGAGAGGUGGGUGUCACUGAGGGGCCGUUCUCCCCAGGACUGUGUCCGAGUCUACCUCGCUGUGGUCAGGAAAUGGCCUUUCUGUGGUGCCAAACUUUUCUUCACAAAGGCGAAGACGUCCCCUACCCCUGAGGACGAGGUGUGGCUGGCCGUCCAAGAAGAAGGCAUCUCCGUACUAGAGCAUUCCACCAUGCAACCCAUCAGUUCCUAUGACUUCCGAUCUGUGAUUACAUUUGGCGGCUGGAAGGACGACUUCAUGCUGGUGGUCACUCAACUAAUAGAGUCGGCUCCGCACCAUUAUGAACACCGCACAGAGAAGCUCUUGUUCUCGAUGCCAAAACCUAAGGUGCUGGAGCUAACACUCUUGGUGGCCAGUUACAUCAACGUUCGUGUCCAACACCCAUCUCAGGACAGCAGCGCAGACCUAUGACCAAGAUGGCAUUGUUUACCUUGACCAAUAUGUGUCAGUGCAGACCUUUGACCUCAAAUUCAGCUUUUAUCAGUGCAGAUUUUCUUUCAUCUCAGAGUAAAGAUUUUAUAACUUAACCAUGCACCCGUCCAAAAUGUCUUAAGAUGUUACCUGAUAAAUGACCCUGGGUAUAGCUGAUCAGUUCUGACUGACGACUUCCAUACAACUGUUGUCUUAGUUUUUGAUUCUAACCAUGGUCUGCCACAAAGCACAAAAGACACGCCACCAAUAUUCACGGGCAUGUAAAUGUACGAGGAGACAUCACAGGGAGCUGAGAGAUUGUGACAGGUGCAGCCAUCAGCUCUGUGUCUUCAGCUCAGAAGUGCUGCCCAACACGAAGACAUGCCACCGGAAUUCAAAUCUAGCGGCUGUUUGUGUAACAAAGGGGCCGACCCAGGGAACUGAAAAAUUAUCAGUACACAUGCUAACGUCGGGCUACAGCAACAAUCGAUGAACGUGAAAUAUUUCUCUGCCAAAACCCCACACAGCGGUAAUGGCAUCCUCACACAAAGUCAAAGGUCCAAAUCUCCUGGAAAAGCUGGCUGGAUGUUAAAGGGUUCAAUUAAAUGCUACUGCAAACUCAAAUUCACAUGUGAAAAUCCUUAAUUUAAAGAAGACAAAAAAGUGACAGAAUGUUUGUCGAAAAUUAAUCAAGUCUUUCCAUUCCAUUCAUCACGGUGACACGAAAACUGCUUUAUCCCCCUGUUUUAUUUCUACAUGUGAUUUUUAUAUGUUUAAAUUUAUAGCAGUCAUACAGCUGCGCCAUCUGUCCUAGUUACUUUCCACGGAAUGUGGAUGUUAAUUUGUUAUACUUGAUAUAUAUUUGUUUUUCUACGAAAUCAUGAGGGUCAUGUGGCGAUACUUCCUCGCCACAACAUUUCUGUCCUCACACAUGUCCUCCUGUGGUUGGGAAAUAUGAGAUUUAGUUUGCAUAAUACUACAAUAUAAGUUAUCUUCUUAUUUAUUCUGAUUUUAUUUGCUAUGUUAUUUUUUCGAGUUUUGCAUAAUUAUUUAAACCUUACACUCUGUACAGAUAUUUACGCUAUAGAAAAAAUGGAAUUUUGUACGAGGAAUUUAAAUAUGUUUUUGAGUGCAAUAUGGAUAUGAGGGAUGAAGACAGAUAUAAUACACAGACACAAUAUUAUAGUCAAUCAUUGUUAUACAAACGUAUAUAGUUAAUCAAUGCUUAGGAAGUCCAGGGAAAUGUGACAUUUAAUCUUGAAAAAACAAAGAUGCAAUAGUAUAGUUAAAACCUGAUUUGGGAGUUCAGGGAAAUGUGACAUUUCUAAAAAAAAAAAACAAUGACCAGGUUCUUGAACUGAGAUACAAUGUACAUCACAUGAAGUAAAGCAUGGCUCCAUACUGUACUCAGAUCAUGCUUCUUUACUUCCAGUCCAAAUGCAGAGCUAUUGGUUAGAGUUUACCCCCAGUCUAAACACAGUUUUAUAAUAUCCCUGUGUUAACUCUGUCUUGGCUGUUGGUUAGAGUUUACCCCCAGUCUAAACACAGUUUUAUGAUAUCCCUGUGUUUACUCUGUCUUAGCUGUUGGUUAAAGUUUACCCCCAGUCUAAACACAGUUUUAAAAUAUUCCUGUGUUAACUCUGUCUUAGCUGUUGGUUAAAGUUUACCCCCAGUCUAAACACAAUUUUAAAAUAUUCCUGUGUUUACUCUGUCUUGGCUGUUGGUUAGAGUUUACCCCCAGUCUAAACACAGUUUGAUAAUAUCCCUGUGUUUACUCUGUCUUAGCUGUUGGUUAAAGUUUACCCCCAGUCUAACUCUUUAACAACUUCUCCUGAAGAACUAAAAGGUAUAGAAUUUUUAUAUUUGGCUGGUUGCUUCCUGGGAUAGAGAAGGAAAAUGAAUUGACAUACUUACAAGGUCACAGGGAAAAAUAUGUCAAACAACUUUUGAAGAAGAACGAUGGCCAAAAUGCAUAAAAAAUCUCAUAAUAGUAUUUGACUGGUAGUUUCAAUAGAUGGAGCCGACAAAGUUUACGAAUGACAAAUUUGUUGUACAAUAUAAUAUUUCAUGAGAAUAUUUGCUAUGACUGCUUAAAUAUUCAGGUGAGCGAUACAGGCCCUCUUGGGCCUCUUGUUUACAUUUCGAUUUAUGAUUCAUUUGAAACGGGAGAAUUGUGAAUGGCUGACAAGUCGUACUGUUAUGUAACUAGGUGAUGUAUUGGAUGAUGUUAGUGCUGUCUGAUUUGUCUAAGGGAAGCUGUACAAAUUAUAGUAGAUCUUGUUUUACACAUACAAACAUCCACUCAUAUUUAUCACUUCAUUAAUCACAUUUACAACCCACAAAUAGGAGGUCUCGGAAGCUUAAAUACACUCAAUAUUUCCGAAAUUAAGGAAAUAUUUUGUUUUAACAAAUAUGAUGCAAGAUAUGAAGUUUGUAUUUUUAACUAAAUUUGUUGCCCCAGGUGAACAUUUGGAAGGCAAAAAGUAGGGGGGGGGGAAUUAAAAUGAAGAUAAAUGGUUGGGUUUUUUUGAGUCAGAAUUUUCCUAUAAUUACUUUAUUAUGUGUCCUUUUCUUUUAUUUAGAAUAUAAGUAUCUAAUUUCAAAUAUAAAGGCAGGCAGGAAAAACCAGUUGAUGUAAAAACUAACUAGGCAGACUUAAAUCAAGCAGAGUUUUGAAACACUUACUAGAAACCUAUUAAGCUUGUAUCAGACCCAGAUCACAGGCUGCGGGAGCGCUACAGACAGCUAUCCAUCUAAUUAGGAAAGUUAGAAGUUAAUUUGACACACAGGUACUUGUGGUUCAGGAUGAGAUGAGUGCUCGUUGGCAUUAAAAAAUAAUUUCAUUUUUUUUUAUGAAAUAGGUAAUGAUAGCGUUUUUCAUCUAGGAAUUAUUUUUAAAGAUAUGGGGUUUUGUAAACUACAGUACUUUAAAUCGUAGAUAAGGAAGGGUAAAAGUUUAAUGUGAUUACAAAAAAAAAAUGGAAUUGUGGUCUAUUUGUUAAACGAUAUCAUUUCAAUUGAAAAGUUUCUUUUAUGUUUAUUAUCAUUAAGUUUUUCUCAGUUUCAAGAAAACUUGAAGUAACUAGACAAGACCUAUAGAGAUGAAUGUUUGAGUCAUCGCCAUGGUUUCCUGGUAACCUACUCCACUACGCUAUUGGAUUCAUAUUGUAUUCAUGUCCUAUAAACACAGAAGUACAUCUGACAUUGAAGUUUUACUAUUAUCAUCAAUUAAUAUUUAUAUUUGAUCCGCCCCGGAUAUUAACUCGGCCAGCAUCAUGAAAACCCUUUGAUGAGAACAAAAAUCUAGGACUUGUUCAGGUUUCUCUGUGAUGAUACAUGUAAUAGAAUAAAACUGCAGAGAAUUUGUUUCUAGAUUAUUUUUUAAUGUUUGCGUUCACAGUUACGACAUUUACUCCAUUUGUUGACAUUAAAGUAUUUGUUGUAUAUUUUCUUUAAGUUGGAUCUCAGUGAAAUAAAAACUUCUCUGCUGGAAGAUUACAUGUUUUGUCAAAGCUACCAGGAAGUGCAGGCGCAGCAUGCACGCAGAACACUGCUCUGCAAAUGAAGUGCACAUGUGGAACUCAUAACUGUACGUGGACUGACAGUCUCAGAUCUGUAUCACCCACAUGCUUGAAAGUUCUCCACAAUAACCGCCUCCUCGGCCUUAAUUUCAUUAUGUUGAGCCUUCAAUGAAAUCUCACUCUCCAUGAAGUUAUAAGCAGGGUGAUAUCCUCCUCAUGUUAAUUCCAUCUCGGGGGAACGGGGCAGGUUUAGCAGGCCAUAAAAUCAGAUUAUGUAAAGAUUUUAAAUGAAAUCGGUUCUAAAUUGCAAUGAAUAACAUUAAAGUUUUCUGAUAACAUACUUAAAAUAUUCUAACAGCGUAUAAAAUAUUUUUUAUAAGUUUUUCUGAUAAGUCUUUAACUUUUUUGAUUUGAAAAUUUCACUUGAAAGUUGUUAAGUUGACUAAACAUUAGAUUUUUUACCUUUGGGAUAUCGGUCAAAGAAGUGAUAGUUACAAGCUAGGCUUUCUCCUCCCCCACAAUUCUCUGAGGAAAUGUUUGGUGGUGCCAGGCUUAUACUGAAUACACUGUCAGUCUCUCCACUGUUCCUGUUUUAAGAGCAAUGAAUCUUCCAUCGUUACCAUCCUGUCAACAUCACGCUUUUAUCAGACCAUUAUCACAGAAAUCUUGUUAGCUUGUAACUGGGGAGUGUAAUAAUAUUUCACCACUGCUUAAAUACAGCUAUUACAGACGUUUCAUACUGGUAUUGCCAAUAUCCUUUAUUAUCAAAUUCUGUAUAUAAAAAAUCUGGCUUUAACUUGAGCCUGUUCGUUUAGACAAAGAAGGUGAGUAAGGUAGAGAUUGAUUACGCUGCAGAACAAUUAUCAGAUCUUAAAAUCUUAGUGAAGAUAUGGUACACAAAGCGUUAAAGCUUGUGAUCUGUUCUCAUUUCUGAAUCUUGGAUUAUGAAAUAUGUUCUUUAUUUGUUUUAACACAUAUUUUGUAGCAUUGUAGCUUUAAUACCUGGUAGGAGGAACCUUCUAACUACAAACUGUUUUAAUGGGGGGAUACAAUCUUUGUUUACCCAGCUGGUUAGAACAAGGUUCAAUGCAUAACAAGCUUAGCUUCCAUAUUAGCAGGGAUUAGUUUCAGCUACACAAAAUACGGUGUAACUUUCGUCCUAUUUAACUAAAUUUAUCGUAAAAUGAGAUCCGCACUAAAAUUAUCAGAAGGUACAUUAUUGCCUUUUUUGCUAAGGUGUGUUAAUUUGGUUUGAAAAUAAGACAGAAAAAAUUGUUUUUGUAAUUUGAACCCCUCAGUAUUAUAUUUGCAAUGCUUUCUUUAUACACUACAUGUCGUUAUAGAAAGUGGAAUUACAAUCUGUGGCUGUAUAACAGAAGUAUCCGUGUUUGAUUACAUUACCGUCUACAUCUGUCUCGUUUAAUGUAAGAUGCCAAUAUCCUGUGGCCAUUGCAAUCCAGUAUUGGCCUGCGUGACAGCGACGCGGGGAAAUGUCACCGGCAUGUCCAAUGUUUCGAUGAUAUUCACCAAGACAGUACGCGAGGAGGCGUCUUGGACCAUUCUCCUCCUGGGAACAUAAUGUCAUUAGAUUUAAAAGGCUUUUUUGACACCCUAGAAGUUAAUUAAAAACUGUUUUGGAUACUACUGAUAACGGUCAUUAUUGGAAUGGCUUUGUAUCGCCUUUGGAUGCUUCAUCUAUACUGUUGUAUACGUACGGUUUUGAGACAUUUCAAGGAAUUAAUUGGUGGCUUGGGUUGUUCAAGUGUAAAAUAAAUGUACCUGUUUGACAGGAUUAUCGGCUAACUAAAAUGAAAUGUAUUUGUAGGUGUCUUAAUAGGCUAUUGAUAAGUUCAGCAAAAACAUAUUAAGAUACAUUUUCUGAAAUAUAUUCCUUUAUGUUUUCCUCAUAGGUCAUGUGCUGUAGCAGUCGCAUGUUUAGAAGCAUGCCUUACUCUUCCGCUGACACUUAAUUCCGCGACUCUAAUGACAUACGUACAGCAGCUGAAACCAGUUUAUAGGGUAAAUUCCAUCUAGACAACAUCUCACUCCAUUUUCUUUUUCACUCCAGAAACAGUGAAGUGUAUUAACUGUCGUCAAUAAGGACAUGAUGUGUUUUAACUGUCGUCAAUAAGGACAUGACGUGUAUUAACUGUCGUCAAUAAGGACGUGACGUGUUUUAACUGUC